UUGAUCGAUUCAGUUCAGUGCAUAUAUAAUCUUAUAGUUUGACUCCUAGAAGGUGGUGUGAGGAUCGAUCUCUCAGUCUCCUUAGACGCGAUUGAUCAUGGAAACACCUGGAACCAAAGUUUUGUACGAGAUACGUCAUCAUGCUUCAUUGCCUUAUGUUCCUAGAUACCCUCCUCUUCCUCAGGCAUAUGGAACUGAUUCGAAAGGAGGGCUUCGUUCUCUUGUCUCCAUUAGAGGUGUUAAUCAACUCAAGGAAAAGUGGAGUGAAUACUGGAGUCCGAGAAGAACUAAUAAACCGGUGUCAUUGUUUAUUUCACCUAAUGGAGAACUUGUGGCUGUCACUUCCGGAAACCAUGUUAUAAUCUUGCGAAAGGACGAUGAUUACAGGAAACCAUGUGGCAAUUUUACAUCAAAUGUAUCAGGAUCAUUUACUUCCGGAGUGUGGUCCGAAAAACAUGAUGUUCUUGGUCUUGUGGAUGAUAGCGAGACCCUCUUUUUCAUCAGAACUAAUGGUGAAGAAAUAAGUCAAGUCACAAAAAGAAACUUGAAGGUUUCUGCAUCAGUAUUAGGAUUGAUGGAGGACGACUGUGAUUUGCAACCAUCAUGCUUGUGUUCGUUCAGUGUACUUACAUCAGAUGGACUUAUUCAUCAUGUCGAGAUCAGUAGGGAGCCAAGUGCUUCUGCCGUUUCCAAACAUGCUUCAAAUAGUGUCCCAGCUUUGAGAAAGCAAUUCCCCAACCAUGUUUUUUGCUUUGAUUACCAUCCAGACCUUUCUUUCCUUCUCACUGUUAGCAGUACUGCAGGCAUAUCAUCGACAGGGAGUUCUGGUUCCUCGUGUAUUUCGCUUUGGCGUAAGUGUCAGAACUUAGGUCUGGAACUGUUGUCCACCACACAGUUUGAAGGCGUGUAUUCUGAGACCAAAGAUGAUCAGUUGGCAUAUCCAAAGAUUUUAAUCUCACCUCAGGGGUCACAUGUUGCAAGUCUUGAUAGCAAUGGGUGCAUGCAUCUUUUCCAGUUAGAUAAAGCAAGAUUGACACUUUCAUAUUGUACUUCUGAAGACAGGUCUGAUACACUGAAGCCAGAUAAAUCGCGACAAAGUUGGAAAGAAAGUUUAAGAAAUGUAGUAGAUUUUACUUGGUGGUCUGAUCACGCCCUUACAAUUUUGAAAAGGAGCGGUAACAUUAGUAUAUUUGACAUCAGUAGGUGUGUUAUAGUUCAAGAGGAUGCUACCAAUUAUUCUAUGCCUGUCGUGGAAAGAGUUAGGAGAUUUGAAGGACACAUUUUUCUUUUAGAAAGUUCAACGCAGGAAGCAAAAUCAGCUUUGGCCAAAGUUGACAAGGACCCAAGUGAAUUGCAUCAUACUAGUGAGCAUAGUAUGUUAUGGAGGCUAAUAUCAUUUACUGAGAAAACAGUUUCUCAAAUGUAUAAAAUUUUAGUUGAGAAAGGCCACUAUCAAGAGGCGUUAGAUUUUGCUGAUAGCCACGGGUUGGACAGAGAUGAAGUAUUCAAGUCAAGAUGGUUGAACUCAGAAAAAGGGGUAAGUGAUGUUAGCAUGAUUCUAUCAAAGAUAAAAGAUAAAGCUUUUGUGCUUUCCGAAUGCUUAGAUAGAAUUGCGCCAACAGAAGAUUCCAUGAAGGCCUUACUUGCGCAUGGAGUUAAUCUAACUAAUCACUAUGUAUUCGCUAAAUCUGAAGAUCAAGAAUCCCAACCACUUUGGGAAUUUCGCUUGGCGAGGCUUCGACUAUUACAAUUUUGUGAAAGGCUUGACACAUAUUUGGGGAUAAGCAUGGGCAGAUAUUCGGUGCAGGAUUAUAGAAAAUUUCGGAGCAUUCCUAUCAAUCAGGCUGCUAUCGCACUUGCCGAGAGCGGGAGGAUAGGGGCUUUAAACCUGCUCUUUAAGCGGCAUCCUUAUUCACUUGCAUCCUUCAUGCUGCAUAUUUUGGCCGCUAUUCCUGAAACUGUUCCUGUUGAAACGUAUGCACAUCUUCUUCCAGGAAAAUCUCCUCCAACUAGUAUGGCAGUGAGAGAAGAAGACUGGGUUGAAUGUGAGAAGAUGGUUAGAUUUAUUAAUAAAUUGCCGGAGAAUGGCAAGAAUGAGUCUCAGAUUCACACUGAGCCAAUUGUUAGAAUGUGUUCGGGGUAUAAUUGGCCAUCAUCAGAAGAACUUGCUGCAUGGUAUAAAAAUAGAGCUAGAGAUAUUGAUUCUUCCACUGGGCUGCUAGACAACUGUAUUUGCUUGAUUGACAUUGCAUGGAAAAAAGGCAUAUCUGAAUUGGGACAGUUCCACGAAGAUCUAUCAUACUUGCACCAGAUCAUUUAUUCUGAUGAAAUUGGAGGCGAAAUCUGCUUCAGCUUAAGCCUUGUUGGGGAGCAUUUAUCUGAUUAUGAGAAAUUUAAAAUAAUGCUUGAAGGGAUUAAAGCUGAAACUGUGGUUAGAAGAUUGCAUGACAAGGCAAUUCCAUUUAUGCAGAAAAGGUUUCUGGGGACAAACAACCAUAACGAGGAGUCCUUUCUAGUUAAAUGGCUGAAGGAGAUGGCAGCAAAAAAUGAGAUCGAUUUAUGCUCAAAGGUUAUUGAGGAAGGGUGUAUGGAUUUGUAUACUGUUUGUUUCUUUAAGGAUGAGGUUCAAGUUGUUGAUUGUGCUCUGCAAUGUCUGUAUCUGUGCAAAGUUACAGAUAAGUGGAAUGUUAUGGCAACAAUGCUAUCAAAGCUACCGAAGAUAGAUGAUAUUGAUGGUGAAGACAUUCAGAAAAGACUCAAACUGGCGGAAGGUCAUAUAGAAGCAGGGAGGCUUUUGGAAAUUUAUCAGGUCCCGAAACCAAUUAAUUACUUUCCUGAGGUUCAUUUGGAUGAAAAGGGUGUAAAGCAGAUCCUUCGACUCAUGCUUUCAAAAUUUGUUCGUCGUCAACCUGGACGAUCUGAUAAUGACUGGGCAUGCAUGUGGCGUGAUCUACGACAGUUGCAGGAGAAAGCCUUUUCUUUCCUUGAUCUUGAGUUCGUGCUGACAGAGUUCUGUAGAGGACUUCUAAAAGCUGGAAAGUUUACCCUGGCUAGAAAUUAUCUCAAGGGUACAGGAUCAGUUGCACUGCCAUCAGAGAAGGCAGAGAGUCUUGUUAUAAAUGCAGCAAAGGAAUACUUCUUCUCUGCUCCGAGCCUUGCUUCUGAAGAAAUAUGGAAAGCAAGGGAGUGUCUGAAUAUAUUUUCUAGUAGCCGGACUGUUAAAGCCGAGGCCGAUAUAAUUGAUGCAGUUACUGUUAGGCUUCCAGAUCUUGGGGUUAGUCUCCUACCAGUACAGUUCAAACAAGUAAAAGACCCAAUGGAGAUUAUUAAGAUGGCAAUCACGGGGCAUCCUGGGGCCUAUCUACAUGUUGAUGAACUUAUUGAGGUUGCUAAACUUCUUGGGUUGAAUUCUUCAGAAGAUAUAUCUUCUGUUGAAGAAGCUAUUGCCAGAGAAGCUGCAGCUGCAGGUGAUCUGCAGGUGGCGUUUGAUCUGUGCCUUGUUCUAACCAAAAAAGGGCAUGGUCCCAUUUGGGAUUUAGGUGCUGCAAUAGCAAGAGGUCCUGCGCUUGAGCACAUGGAUAUAAGUUCUAGAAAGCAGUUGCUUGGGUUUGCUUUGGGUCACUGUGAUGACGAAUCGAUCAGUGAGUUAUUGCACGCAUGGAAAGAUCUUGACCUUCAAGGCCAAUGCGAGACUCUGGGAAUGUUAUCAGAGUCGGAUUCUCCUGAAUUUCACAAGAUGGAUGGUGUUUCUUGUCUGAGAGAUUUCCCUCAGAUGUUUGAUAGGCUAAGCAGUGAUCAACAACUAGAUUUCGACAGAGUCAAAGAUACACUUUCUUGUGUUGCUAAGGACUUGCCGGUUGAUGAUAGCAUGGAUUUGGAGUCUCUUCUAAAGGAAAAUGGGAAGCUUCUCUCCUUUUGUGCGUCACAUCUUCCGUGGUUACUUAAGCUGGGUAGAAAUAGGAAGUUGGAUAAAAAUCUAGUGCUUGAUUCCAUUCCUGGAAAGCAGUUUGUCAGCAUAAAAGCAACUGCUCUUGUUACCAUUCUAUCCUGGCUGGCAAAGAAUGGUUUUGCACCAAAAGAUGAGCUGAUAGCCAUGAUUACAGACUCAAUCAUUGAACAUCCGGUAACAAAAGAGGAAGACAUUAUAGGAUGUUCGUUUCUGUUGAAUCUAGUAGAUGCAUCUAAUGCAGUAGAAGUUAUAGAAAAGCAGUUGAGAAUUAGGGGGAACUACCAAGAAAUCCGAAGUAUCAUGAGUCUAGGGAUGAUAUAUAGUUUGCUACAUGACUCUGGAGUAGAGUGUACGGCUCCCAUCCAGAGGAGAGAACUGCUUCUGAAGAACUUUAAGAAAAAGCAAACAGAAAGUCUCUCUGAUGAUAUGAGGAGGAUCGACAAACUUCAAUCAACUUUCUGGAAGGAAUGGAAACAUAAAUUAGAGGAAAAAAUGCAUGAUGCUGACCGUUCUAGAAUUCUAGAGAGAAUUAUCCCUGGGGUUGAGACUGAAAGGUUUUUAUCGCAUGAUACUGAAUACAUUAAGGUUGCUGUUUUCUCUCUCAUUGAAUCUGUGAAAUCGGAGAAGAAGCUGAUUUUGAAAGAUGUACUAACAUUGGCUGAUACAUAUGGCUUGAACCAGUCAGAGGUGAUAUUAAGGUAUUUAAGCUCUAUCCUUUGCUCUGAGAUUUGGACAAAUGAGGACAUCACGGCUGAAAUUAUACAAGUCAAGGAAGAAAUACUUCUCUUUGCUUCAGACACCAUACAAACCAUAAGUUCGAUCGUGUACCCAGCAAUUAGUGGUCUUAACAAACAACGCCUUGCUUACAUAUAUAGCCUCCUUUCUGAAUGCUAUAGCCAUUUGGAAGAAAGCAAGGAAGCAUCAUUGUUGGUUCAAGCACAUGGUUCCUUUGCUGGGUUAUCAAAUUUGUAUAACGUUCUUAAGCAAGAAUGCAGUAGAGUGUCGUUUAUCACAGAUUUGGAUUUCAAAAAUAUUGCAGAAUUGGGAGGUUUGAACUUUGACAGCUUCAACAAUGAAGUCCAUGCACACAUCAAUGAGAUGAACCUGGAAGCUUUGGCCAAAAUGGUAGAAACUCUCACUGGCUUCUUCAUGGAGAAUUCGCCCAACAGUCUCAUUUCCUGGCAAGAUGUUUACCAACAAUAUAUUAUGAAUUUGUUAGAUACAUUGGAGAGUAGAAGAGAUCUUGAUUUUGGAAGUGCAGAGAGUUUCCAGGGGUUCCUCGGUCAACUUGAGCAGACAUAUGACCACACUAGAGUAUAUGUCAGGAUCUUGGAACCUUUGCAAGCUGUGGAAAUCCUGAAACGGCAUUUCACAUUAGUUCUUCCGCCAAAUGAUUUGUACUUGCACAUCCCUGAUAGUUCUACAUGGCAAGAAUGUCUUAUCUUAUUGAUUAACUUUUGGAUAAGAUUAGCUGAUGAGAUGCAAGAAGUAAAAUCAUCUACGCAAAGUCUUGUUGAGAAUCUUAUCUUAAGCCCUGAAUGCAUUAGCAGCUGUCUUACUGUUCUCAUAAAACUAGUAAUGGAUGACAGUCUGUCCCCAAGUCAGGCUUGGGCUGCAAUACUUGUUUACCUUAGAUCUGGUUUGGCCGGUGAUUGCGCGACUGAAAUCUUCAACUUCUGCAGAGCCAUGGUCUUCUCUGGCUGUGGAUUUGGACCCAUUUCUGAUGUCUUCUCAGAUUUGUCCUCUCGGUAUCCGACAGAUUUGCAGGAUCUUCCACACCUUUACUUGAGUGUACUUGAACCCAUUUUACAAAAUUUGGUAUCUGGGGCUCAUGAAACACAGAAUCUUUACCGGUUGCUCUCUUCUCUCAGUAACUUGGAAGGCAACCUGGAAGAACUGAAGCGUGUUAGGCUUAUAGUCUGGGAACAACUCGUCAUAUUUUCUGAGAACCUGGAGUUGCCAAGUCAAGUUCGCGUGUACUCCUUAGAGCUUAUGCAGUUCAUCUCUGGUAAGAAUAUCAAGGGCUCAUCAUCUGAGCUACAGUCAAACGUUAUGCCAUGGGAUGGUUCGGCUGAGUUAUUAUCGUCUAUGCAGAAGACUGAAGCCACGCUAAACCAAGCGUUGCCCGACCAGGCUGAUGGCUCUAGCAGGCUCACAAAUACUUUGGUCGCACUUAAAUCAUCUCAGAUUGCUGUGACGUCCAUCGCUCCAGGCUUAGAUAUCACCCCUGAGGAUUUAUCGAGUAUUGAGACAUCUGUUUCCUGCUUCUCUAAACUCUCUUCUGCUGUUACUACAGCUUCACAAGCUGAAGCUCUUCUGGCGAUUUUAGAAGGAUGGGAAGAGCUGUUUGAAGCAAAGAAAGCCGAACUAUUGCCGUCUUAUGAGGCAACCGACCAAGGAAACGACUGGGCCAAUGAUGAUUGGAAUGAUGGAUGGGAAACAUUUCAGGAACCAGAACCUGUGGAGAAAGAAGAAAAGGAAUAUGUAGUCUCGGCUCAUCCCUUACAUUCAUGUUGGCUGGAUAUUUUGAGAAAGUACAUUUCCUUGCGCAUGCCUGAAAAUGUUCUACGACUUAUAGAUGGAUCGCUUCAGAAACCUGAAGAGGUCCUGCUUGAAGAAAAUGAAACAGAAAGCCUGGCUGGGAUCUUGGCCAGCACUGACCCAUUUCUCGCUCUAAAGAUUUCUCUUUUGUUGCCCUACGAACGAAUCAGAUCUCAGUGUCUCAAUGUUGUUGAAGAACAAUUGAAACAAGAAGGCGUUCCGGAGUUAUCCAAUCAGAGCCAUCAUGAAGUUCUUCUCCUGAUUAUAUAUUCUGGGACUCUCUCAACAAUCAUCUCCAGUUCUUGCUAUGGCUCAGUCUUCUCCUUCCUCUGUUAUCUGAUUGGAAAGCUAUCUCGAGAGUUCCAGGAAGAGCUGAUUAGAGAAGCCAACUACAGAGAAUCAUCAAAUGCAAAUUCUGAGAGACGGGUUAUGUCAUGUUUUGGGGAACUCAUGUUCCCAUGUUUCGUCUCGGAGCUUGUAAAGGGCAAUCAGCAGAUAUUAGCCGGGUUUCUGGUGACCAAGUUCAUGCACAGUAAUUCAUCUCUUAGUCUGAUUAAUGUUGCAGAGGCAAGUCUUAGGAGAUACUUGGAGAAACAGCUCGAGUCUUUUGAGCAUUUGGAGAAUUCUUUAGCCGGUAACUCAGAACUUGAAACGCUGAAGAACACAGUCUCAAGCUUAAGAGGCACGUCAAAGGAAGUUAUACGAUCUGCAUUAGCAUCUCUUUCUACUUGUACAAACAGCAGAUGAUAUGAAAAUGAAGGCUUCUUAUGAGGUGAAAUGGUAACAAAAAAAAAAAGAGUAAUUAGGAGAGUGUAAAAAUCUGUUUAUGCGUUUUUAUAUAAUUGUAGUUGAUAUAGUUUUUUAACUUUAUUUUCGACAGGAAACAAUUUUUGAUGAUACCUCCAGUUACAUACUUGUUUUAAGGUAUAAAAUAAUUUCAAACCUAG